ACCUUGUUAGUUUUGAAGGGCUUAAAAUUAAUAAUGGUGACCAAUUGACUACAAUGAACUCAGAGUUUAUAGCAUCUGGUUCAGAGAAAUUUCUUGAUCAAUUACUAUUCAAAACUGAAG